AACAAGACAAAAUUAUUUUACAAUCACCUCUCAUCCCUUUCUAUUCCGUCCGUCCAUUAAAAUUUCUCCCUUUGCCUCCGUUGAACCAAACUUACCCUAAGAUAAGAUAAGACUCGUUUGCCGGAGAAAAAAGAGGCGACGACAAAAGGGAAACGAUUUACGUGGUGCCACGGCCAACGGAGCCUCCCUCCGACGCCUGUCAUGAUGUUUUGGACUGCCGGAAAGGGGCUGUUGUGAAACAAAGAUUACUGAAGUAUUUCAACUGUCAACAGUGAGGCAUAUCAUGUUGUAGCCUAGUACUACAAUUCAUCAGUUUUGAUGAAAGCACCAUCCAGUAAAGGUCUAACUAAUCAUGUGACAUUGAAGCGGUAAUUCCAUAAUCAUUCUUUCUUGGGCUGGUUAUGGCGAUAAAACUUAAUGCUAAAUUGCAGUAUUCUGGACCUGUUCAUGAUCGUGAUUUAUUCAAACCCAACGUUCCAAAUAGAAAACCAGCUAGAAAAUUGCCAGCAACAGUUGCUUUUCACACCCUUCAUAAAACAAACAGCACUAUUGGAAAUAAAUUAUUUGAAUCAGGUGCAGAAUAUGGGCCAUUUAGAAAGGCUGUAGUUCAGGAACUGGUUGAUCGACUCCAUUUGUGUGCCGAAAAGGGGUUACUAACAGAAGCAGGAGCAGUUCACGGGUACGUACUCAAGUCAAAUUUCGACGACUAUGGCUUGUUGGUUCUACUCAAUCACGUCAUGCAUGCAUAUUCAAAAUGCUCGGAUUUUAAGUCGGCAAAGCUGGUAUUUGAUAUUUUACCGAGGAAAAAUGCGUUCUCUUGGAGUGUCAUUAUCUUGGGAUUUAAUCAACAAGAAUCUUUUCGAGAUGGGUUGAUUUAUUUUCGCAAGAUGGUGGAUGAUGGGAUACCACCCAAUGGAGUUGCGUAUUCCGCCGUCCUCCAGUCGUGUAUAGGCAUGGAUUCUGUAGAUUUUGGUGGCAUGGUGCAUGCACAUAUCCUCGUUCGAGGCUUCGGGUCUCAUGUAGUUGUUAGCACCGGACUUCUUAACAUGUAUGCAAAGCAGGGUAAGGUCGAUGAGGUUUAUAAAGUUUUCAAUUCUAUGGCCGAACACAAUGUCGUAACUUGGAAUACGAUGAUAUCAGGGCUCUCUGCCAACGGGCUUCACUUGGAGGCUUUUGACCAUUUUUUGAAGAUGAAAGAGAGUGGAUUGGUUCCGGAUAUAUAUACAUAUAUUGGUGUUCUGAAGGCUGUUGGGAUGCUAGGAGAUGUUGAUAAGGGAAAGCAAGUUCAUGAAUGCAUAUUGGAAUUGGGCAUGAUGGACAACAUUGUUGUUGGGACUUCUCUCAUAGAUAUGUACUCGAAAGGCGGUCAUAUAGAUGAGGCGAGGUCUGCUUUUAUGUACGUUGCCGAUUCUAGAGCCAAUGGGCCUUGGAAUGCAAUGAUUGGUGGUUACAACCUUUGUAACUAUAGUGAACAAGCUUUACUAUUAUUUGUUGAAAUGUGUCGAAAAAACAUAAAAUCAGAUCUUUACACGUACUGCAGUGUAUUUGAUGCAGUUGCUAAGUUGAAGUGCUUGCGGUUAGUGCAGGAGGUACAUGGCGUGUUUUUGAAGUCUGGUUGUGUUUCAAUGGAUCCAAGUGUCGAAAACGCGAUUUUGGAUGCAUAUUCCAAAUGCGGUUCUCUUGAGCACGUAAACAAAAUUUUCAACAAUAUGACGCACAGAGACAUAGUUUCCUGGACUACUUUAGUCUCGGGUUAUUCGCAAUAUUCAAAAUGGGAAGAUGCACUUGUUAUAUUCUCCCGAAUGCGGAAAGAAGAGUUCACACCCAACAAUUUCACUCUGGCUAGCGUUUUAACUGCCUGCGCUAAUCUAGGCUAUCUUGAAUACGGUCGCCAAAUCCACGGUCUCGUGUGCAAAUUAGGUUUCGAAACCGUUAAUUACAUAGAAAGUUCUCUGAUCGAUAUGUACGCUAAGGGUGGCGGCUUAAAAGAAUCGGAGAAGAUUUUCGCUAGAAUAUCACGUCCCGAUGCCGUCUCGAUGACCGCUAUAAUAUCAGCUUACGCAUAUCACGGUUUUGCGGCUCAUGCACUUUGGCAUUUCAAAAAGAUGGAACAAAUGAACAUUAAACCCAGUGCUGUUACGUUACUCUGUGUUCUUUCCGCAUGCAGCCAUGCUGGCCUUGUCGAGGAAGGCCUUCAUUACUUUUGGUCGAUGGAUAAAGACUAUGGCCUGGUGCCAAAAAUGGAGCACUAUGCUUGUGUGGUCGAUCUUUUGGGCCGGGUGGGCCGUAUCCAUGAGGCAUAUGACUUUAUAAUGAGAAUGGAUCUCGAGCCCGAUGAGAUGGUCUGGCAGGCCUUGUUGGCCGCAUGCAGGAUUCAUGGGAAUGCUGAGAUUGGGGAAAUAGCUGCCGAGAAGAUUCUCUCUCUUUGUUCGGAUUAUUCUUCGACUUACGUUCUUCUGUCCAAUACGUAUUCCGAGAGGGGGGAUUUCACAGAGGGUUCCCGUCUGAGGACAGAGAUGAGGGAGAAAGGUGUGAGGAAGGAGCCCGGUUGUAGUUGGAUAUCUGUAAAAGGCAGAGUUCAUAGAUUUUAUGCUGCGGAUAAGGAUCACCCCUCGAAGCAAGAUAUUUAUGGCAAGUUGGACGAGCUACGACAGGCUGUGAAGGAUUUUGGAUAUGUACCUGAAUUGAAAUUUGCAUUGCUAAUCGAAGGCUGAGACGGGAGUAUUCAGUUUCAGGAGCGUAUCUUGAUAAUUGGUAGCUAGAGUGGACCUUUCGUUGUUUGAUGCGCUUAAGAAAGCACUGGAGGAUGCAUUAUUAUGAACUACUUGUCAUAUUAAACGUGAUUAUUUCUACUCGCGGUCUGUUUAAAGGGUAUCCAUGUUACAUAGCGACGUGAAGCUAUUGUGAUUUGAGGAAAGACGGAAGUUAUCUUGCGGCUGGUGUUAGUGAACAGUGUGUUGAACUUACAUUUGAACUUUGGACAGCAUUGCAACUUCAUCAACUGUGAGAGAUUUUCAGUCAUUUAUUUGCGGACAUUGAAGAGAACAGCUGAUUGUGGUGAACCUUAUUAAAUAUGAGAGAAAUCUAUGAUGAUGGAUUGGCGAAGAUUGAUGAUGAUGUAUGCUGACAGUCUGGCCAGGAAAAAAGCUAUACUGACAAUUAAAACAUCAAUUAAGAUCGCGUUUAGGAGAGAAUUUGCCUAAAUACUCUUGAUUAUUUUGACAUCCUGUGAUGCCAUGAGAACAUGUAUGGUUUUAGCGUCAAAAUGGCUCGAACAAGAUUCAUAUUUGAUGUACAAAUCUGCCAUUACAUCAUAGCACAGAGCUUAAAAUUUUCGAAUUAAAGGAUGAAAAAUAGAAAAAAAAAAAAAAAAAAAAAAAAAAAAAUGAAGACAAA